CGAAACGCCGGUUGCCAGUAUACCUCAGACUUCACGCGAUACGGCUGAAAACCGCGCAUCCAACGCUCUUGCGUAAAAUAAGUUAUCUGUGGUUAAUUUUUCGCGGGAAAUAAUUGUGACGCAUUUUAAAAUUUGAAUUUAGAAAUGAUGUUGUUUUUACAUUAGCUUUUUAUUGUGGUUUAUAUUUUAAUGCUAUUUUAAUUUCUUAAGCAGUUGUUGAGAGGUGUGAUGUGACAAUGCUGGAGGAGUUACGACCGACAGACAUAUCGAACUGGAGCACGACAUAUGAACAAGACUUCUACAUAACAUUCUACGAUCAGACCAGCGGACAAUAUGUUAAUAACACACAGAAUAUUACACAGGUUUACCAAUCAUUCAUAUUACCGUGGUGGCGACAACUUCUUUGGACCGUUCUUUUCGCCGGUAUGGUCGUGGUUUCGACUGUCGGCAACCUCGUCGUAAUAUGGAUAGUUCUAGCAAAUAAACGUAUGAGAAGCGUGACAAACUAUUUUCUUGUGAAUCUAUCAAUAGCGGAUGCAAUGAUGUCGACAUUGAAUGUUACAUUCAAUUUCACAUAUAUGCUGUACUCAGAUUGGCCGUUUGGACAUUUUUACUGCAAAUUCUGCCAAUUUGUUGCCGUAUUGAGCAUAUCUGCAUCGGUGCUUACUCUCAUGGCUAUCAGUAUUGAUCGGUACGUGGCAAUAAUGAGCCCUCUCCGACCGAGGUUGGGGAAGCGGGCGACCCUGGGCAUAGCAGCCGCGAUUUGGGCCAUCAGUUGUGUGGUCAGCAGUCCCAAUUUCCUCUACUUCACCACUGAAACUGAUCCAUUACCAGAUGGAAAUGUUAGGCGCAUAUGCUUUCCUGAUUGGCCGGAUGGUAUCACGACUAGAUCCCAGAUGGAAUACGUGUAUAACGUAAUGUUCAUGUUGUUGACGUACUUUCUACCAAUAAUGUCAAUGAGUUACACGUACUCCAAAGUCGGGGUUGAGUUGUGGGGCUCCAAAUCCAUUGGUGAAUGUACCCAGCGGCAAUUGGACAAUGUUAAAAGCAAACGAAGGGUGGUGAAAAUGAUGAUAGUAGUCGUUGUGAUAUUUGCCGUAUGUUGGCUGCCGUUCCACGUUUAUUUUAUCGUGACGUCAUAUUACCCAGACGUGGUCAACUAUGAGUACAUACAAGAAAUAUACCUCGGCAUCUAUUGGCUUGCGAUGAGCAAUUCCAUGUAUAACCCUAUUAUUUACUGUUGGAUGAAUUCCAAAUUUCGUCGUGGCUUCAAACAAUUCUUCUGGUGUUGUGGUGCAAUGGGUAAUGGUGGUUUUAACCGGCACAGAGGCUUUGGCCCAGAUUUACCCGACAUGUCCAUGAGAUCUGUGUCUCCAAGCCGUAAAAAUGGUACAAGUAUGUUCAAGACGACAUUCAGAAUGACAAAGUCGAGAAAGUCCAGAUCUCCACAAUUUCUACAUGUCAAUAAAUAGAUGAGCGGUGACCAAGCCUUGGUACGAUGCGAAUCUCGCUUCACAGCACAUACAACAAUACAAUGAUGAGCAGCAUUUGACACCGGCGAGGCACGUGCGCUCGCCGCGGCGACUUCUCUGUAAAUGACCCGCAGACCGGAAACGUUGACGAACGGACAUGGAUUUGACGGGCAUAUCGCCCUCGACAUACUCCUACCCCUCAAGAACUCUAUGGUUGAGUAUAUUCUGUAUAAAAUAUUCUAUGUACUUAGUAAAUAAACAUUAAUGAUGUCUAUAAUGUAACUGUAAAUAUUAUUUACGAAAGAUUAAAAUUUCAAUGUUGAGACGUCAAAUUUAAUAAUUGUUGACACAAACUAACAAACACUAAUACACAGUUAUUACUAUUUUUAUAAAGUACCUAUAAAAGGUCGGUAAGACUAAUUUAAGAGAAUUACUGUCACUGAAUCAUCUUAAAAAAACGACUGCGUUAAAGUACUUGAAAUGUUGAGUUAUGCAUGUAAUCAAUUAUAAUUUAUGUUCGUCAAUAUAUUCUAUAUUACAAUCCUUGAGAAGAUAAUGACUAUAUAUAAUUCUUAUAAAAAAACUUCAACAUUGUUUGGAAUUAUUUAUAGUAUAUCAAAUUGUGAUUAGGUACUCUGAAAGACGACCAUUUAUUUUGUUUUAUCUCACA